CACACAAGGUCUCUGUGAGGGACGGUCUCACACAUCAGGACCCGCCUGGUCUCACAGCAGAGGUGAAGCCAGCAGAGCCGGGACGUGCUCGCCUGCUCCUGACCAAGCCUGUGCUCCAGCUGGGGACAUCCCAAGCCUGAAGCUCUUAGAAAUGACUGAGGAGAAAGUGACAUACCCAGAACUGAAAUUGUGUCAGGCAAAGAAAAAGGAAGGCAAAAGACAUCUAGCUCACAAAAAAAGAGAAAACCUAUGCACAGUAAUCCUGGGCAUCAUCUGUGCUCUGCUCCUGCUGGCAAGCAUACGGUUAGGAUAUAUGUUUUUUCAGAAGUGUCCUAAAUGCACAACACAAGAUAUGGGAAACAUAAAAGAAAAAAAUACUUCCUCACUACAGCUCGAAGAUCAUUCAGUGUUGCCAUCUGGUAUAGAAACAGCCUGUGGCUCCUUGCAAGGAAGACCCUUUUGCUGGACAAGAAACUGGUACUAUUUUUCUAAAGAAGAGGUAACGUGGGAUGAGAGCAGGAAUUUAUGCCAGAACAUGAAUUCUAGCCUUGUGAAGAUUGAUGACAUCCAGGAACUGAUUUUCAUGCAAUCACAAAUCAAAUACACUUACUGGAUUGGACUCUAUAAAAAAGGAGAUAAACAUGAGUGGAUGUGGCAGGACAGCACAAAACUUGCUCAGAACCUGACUUUCCAUCAGUCUUAUAAGAUGAAUGAAAAAUGUGGGUGCCUGAAGCCACGCUAUAUUACUAGUGCUGAUUGUUCAAGACCUUUUCGUUACAUUUGUGAGAAGAAUAAGCAUUUCUUCAAUAAUUAGUACAACUUUUAUGGAACGCAGUAUGGAGGUUCGUCAAAAGACUGACUCAGCUAUCCGUCCUCUUGGAAUAUAUCCUGCAGUAACGAAGUCAACAAGGAAAGAGAUACCUGCACUCCCAUGUUUAUUGCAUCCCAAUGCUUAACAGAUAUAUGGAAUAAGCAUAGAUGUAAUUAACUUAUUUCUGUAUGAAGAAAAUGUAAUAUAUAUGUGUGUCUAUAUAUGAUAUAUACAGGAUAUAAUAUGAUAUAUUACUCAGGCAUGAAAAAGAAUGAAAUUCUGGGUAUUUCAACCAAAUGAAUGCAACUGGAGAUCAUUAUGCUAAGAGAAAUAAGGCAGACACAGAAAGAUUAAUAUCAACCUUUUUCUCAUAUGUGGACUUU